AUGGGUGAUGAUUUAACAUGUCACGUGCAGUCACUUAGCGAAGACAAAGAUCAAACCCAGCAUCAGUCAUCUCUGGAUGAGCUGGUUGACCGCAGUAAAUUGGCACUUGCAGUUGAUUUGUCUACAUUUUUCGAGCGUUCGCCAUGUGAUGAAAAAAUUCGUAAGCCAGUUCCGCUUACAUCGAACAUUACAGUCACUUGUUGUAAGCAGUGCUGUGGCAAUGAAAUUAAGUUGAUUUAG